GUUUUUGUUUGGACUCGAGCCUCCCUUCGGCUCGCCUCCCGGGCCGCUGCUCCGCCCGCGCCGGGCCGCCCUCGAGCGCGGCUGGGGCCUCUGGCCGGGGCUUGUCUCCCGGCGCCCUCGCCCCGCCGGCGCCGCGUCCCGAGCCGAGGCGCUGGUCCUCCCGGGGCGCCUGUCUUCCUUGCGCUUCUCCGAGGGUGAUGUGUCCGCGUCGCCCCACCUCUGAGACGCGGGGAAGCUGUGUUCAGGAUGACAGCUCGACGCGGCUUGCCGGCGUGCUGUAGAAGCGCGGCGGACGCAGAGCAGCCCGCUCCGUCCCUUCUCGGGCUCGGGUACCCGCUUUGGAGCGCUCGCCUCCCGUCCGUCGAGUGGGAGAACUUGACUCAGCGCGCUCAGGCGGCGACCGCGCGUCCUCCGCGGCCAGUGCUGCCGAGCUCGCCCCGUCGCAUCCGGAGAGGGAAGAAUCGGAGAGAACAUUGAAAUUAUUCUCUAAGCUAUUUGAAGAGAGUGACUAAAUGCACCUGGGUCAGGCUGUCUGUGGGGAUGAAGUGGUUGGGAGAAUCCAAGAACAUGGUGGUGAAUGGCAGGAGAAGUGGAGGCAAGUUGUCUAAUGACCAUCAGCAGAAUCAACCAAAAUUGCAGCACACGGGAAAGGACGCCGUGAAGGCUGGCAAAAACGCAGAGAGGAGGUCGAGCAGAUGUAAUGGUAAUUCAGGAUUCGAAGGACAGAGUCGAUAUGUACCAUCUUCCGGGAUGUCUGCAAAGGAGCUCUGUGAGAAUGAUGACCUCGCAACCAGUUUGGUUCUUGAUCCCUACUUAGGUUUCCAAACACACAAAAUGAAUACUAGCGCUUUUCCUUCGAGGAGCUCAAGGCAUUUUUCAAAAUCUGACAGUUUUCCUCACAACAACCCCGUGAGAUUCCGGCCUAUUAAAGGAAGGCAAGAAGAACUAAAGGAAGUAAUUGAACGUUUUAAGAAAGACGAGCACUUGGAGAAAGCCUUCAAAUGUUUGACUUCAGGCGAAUGGGCACGGCACUAUUUUCUCAACAAGAACAAAAUGCAGGAGAAAUUAUUCAAGGAACAUGUAUUUAUUUACUUGCGAAUGUUUGCGACUGACAGUGGAUUUGAAAUAUUGCCUUGUAAUAGAUACUCUUCAGAACAAAAUGGAGCCAAAAUAGUUGCAACGAAAGAGUGGAAACGAAAUGACAAAAUAGAAUUACUGGUGGGUUGUAUUGCCGAACUUUCAGAAAUUGAGGAGAACAUGCUACUUAGACAUGGAGAAAACGACUUCAGUGUCAUGUAUUCCACAAGGAAAAACUGUGCUCAGCUCUGGCUUGGUCCUGCUGCGUUUAUAAACCAUGAUUGCAGACCUAACUGUAAGUUUGUGUCAACCGGUCGAGAUACAGCGUGUGUGAAGGCUCUGAGAGAUAUUGAACCUGGAGAAGAAAUUUCUUGUUACUAUGGAGAUGGGUUUUUUGGAGAAAAUAAUGAGUUCUGCGAGUGUUACACCUGUGAAAGACGGGGAACUGGUGCUUUUAAAUCCAGAGUGGGACUGCCUGCGCCUGCUCCUGUUAUCAAUAGCAAAUACGGACUCAGAGAAACAGAUAAGCGUUUAAAUAGGCUUAAAAAGUUAGGUGACAGCAGCAAAAAUUCAGACAGUCAAUCUGUCAGCUCUAACACUGAUGCAGAUACCACUCAGGAAAAAAACAAUGCAACUUCUAACCGAAAAUCUUCAGUUGGUUUGAAAAAGAACAGCAAGAGCAGAACAUUAACAAGGCAAUCUAUGUCAAGAAUUCCAGCUUCUUCCAACUCUACCUCAUCUAAGCUAACUCCUAUAAAUAAUUCCAGGGUACCAAAGAAACUGAAAAAGCCUGCAAAGCCUUUACUUUCAAAGAUAAAAUUAAGAAAUCAUUGCAAACGGCUGGAGCAGAAGAGUGCUUCGAGAAAACUCGAAAUGGGAAGCUUAGUCCUUAAAGAGCCGAAAGUAGUUCUGUACAAAAACUUGCCCAUUAAAAAAGAGAAGGAGCCAGAGGGACCAGUCCCAGCCGCAGUGGCUGGUGGGUGCUUAACCAGACAUGCAGCGAGAGAGCACAAGCAGAACUCCGGGCGAGGUGCCCCCGCGCACGCGGAGGGCGCCCCCUGCACGUACACAACCAGGCGGUCCGUGAGGACGAGGGUGGCCCCGAGGGAGACCUCCGACCUCAAGCUCGAACCAAAUACCUUGGAUGGUUAUAAAGGCGGCUCUACGGAACCAGGCCCCGACGACAGCGAGCAGCCAGCUCCUGCGGACCAGGAGGAAGCCGCGGCUCAUGAAACUGCACAGAAGGGGGAAGCCAGGUGUCCCAAGAGUGACAGCAGCACCUCGAAAAAGAAAUCGCGGCAAGGGAAGCUGCCGAGACAGCUGGCCAAAGCAGAGGACCCCGCUCCAGGGCACGACUCCGCUCCAGGGCACGACUCCCCUGGGAGAGCUGGCUUGGCGCCCGACGGAGUGGGGUCCCACCCUGACCUGGGCGAGCACGGCGGCCUGGAGGGCGUGCCUGGGAGCUACACGGACUGGGCCCCUUCGCCUGUUGGCGGCCCCGUGGUGACAUCAGAUGGCUUCAAAACAAAAGACAGCUUCAGAACUGCAAAGAGUAAAAAGAAGAGGCGAAUCACAAGGUAUGAUGCCCAGCUGAUCCUGGAAAACAACUCUGGGAUCCCCAAAUUGACUCUUCGCAGGCGUCACGACAGCAGCAGCAAGGCAAACGACCAAGACAAGGAUGGGAUGAGUUCGUCAAAAAUAAGCAUCAAGCUAAGUAAAGACCGUGAAAACGAUAAUAAUCUCUAUGUAGCAAAGCUUAACAAUGGGUUUAACUCAGGAGCAGGCAGUAGUUCAACGAAAUUAAAAAUCCAGCUCAAGCGGGACGAGGAGAGUAGGGGGCCGUACGCGGAGGGGCUUCACGAAAACGGGGUGUGCUGUAGCGACCCUCUUUCCCUGCUGGAGUCUCAGAUGAAGGUGGACGGCUACAGUCAGUAUGAGGAGGAGAGUACGGACGGCUCCUCCUCCUCCGAGGGCGACGGGGAGGAGGAGGACGACGAGGACGACUUCGAGGACGACUUUAUCCCUCUCCCCCCGGCUAAGCGGUUGAGGCUCAUAGUUGGAAAAGACUCCAUAGAUAUUGACAUUUCUUCCAGGAGAAGAGAAGAUCAGUCUUUGAGGCUUAAUGCGUAAUAAGCUCUUGGUCUUAAUGUGACCUGGGAUAACUACUUUCAAGAAAUAAAAAAUUCCAGUCAAUUAUUCCUCAGCUGAGAACAUUUUAGUGGCAGCACUUCUCUUGUCUCUUCACUUAUCAGCAUAAUAACUGUAGAAAGUGUACAGUGUACUGACUCUUCUUAAAAGUCUGAUUUGUGCAAAUUUUUAUUGUACUUUUUAAAUAGCCUUCUUAUGUGCAAUUCUGAGUUAGAGUUAAAGCCCUCUUGUAAAAUAAUAAGGCUCAAGCAAAUUGUGCAGCGAUAGCAACUUUCCACACGGGCGGGACGUGGAAACCAAUAAUGCGGCCACAGAGUUCUCUCUUUUUAACUUCAAGAGCAUCAACGGGCUCUUUAAUAUACGACUAAACAAUAAUUUCAAACAAAUCAUAGUAGCAACAUAUUAAGGUUUUCUAGUAUAUGCUAAUAUCACCAGCAACGAUCUUUGGCUUUUUGAUUUAUUUGCUAGAUGUUUCCCCCUUGGAGUUCGUCAGUUUCACACUGUUUGCUGGCCCAGGUGUACUGUUUGUGGCCUUGGUUACAUAGCAGACCAUCGGAUGGGAAUCAGAUUGAUUUCUAAAAAAAAAAAAAAAAAAAAAAAAGUCCAAUUACAUGCGCGACAGCUAACUUCACAGUACAUCACAUGUACCGGGGUAGCAGCAGGCAGGAUGAGUUUCAAUGCAGCGUAUUUAUUGCUUGUCAUGUAAAUUAAAGACCUUGUAUUUAACACUUUUCAGUCCUUUUAGAUAAAAUUGUUCUUUGCAAGAAUGAUUGGUGCUUAUUUUUUCAAAAAUUUGCUGUGAACAAUGUGAUGACAACAAGCAACAUUUAUCUAAUGAACUACAGCUAUCUUAAUUUGGGUCUUCAAGUUUUCUGUUGCACUUGUAAAAUGCUACAAGGAAUAUUAAAAAACUCUAUUCACUUUAACUUAUAAUAGUUUAUGAAAUAAAAACAUGAGUCACAGCUUUUGUUCUGUGGUAACCUAUAAAAAUGUUUGUCUUUGAAAUUCAAUGUAAAGAACUGAAAACAAUGUAUAUGUUGUAAAUAUUUGUGUGUUGUGAGAAAUUUUUGUCAUAAGAAAUUAAAAGAACUUACCAGGAAGGUUUUUAAGUUUAGAAAUAUUCAUGCCAAUAAAAUAGGAAAUUAUAAAUAUAUAGUUUUAAGCACUGCAUCAGUGGGAGUUCUUGGCUUAUGUUAGUUUAUGUAUGAAGAUAUCAAAGAUUUUUUGACUAUAUUAUCAGUUAAGCAAAAAGAGGAGUCAGAUUUAAUUUGUUUUUGAAGCACUUUGAGAAGAGAAAUUAAUUUUAAGUAACUUAAUGAGCAAAUUUUUGAUUACUACUUUGUGUUCAAUACCAGUCUUUCGUUUCUCUGGAUUAUUUUAUGGAUCAUUUGACAGAGAAUUUGGGGAUAUAAAUCUGUAGCAGGUGUCUGACACCAGUCGGUCUCUUUAUUUCUGGGAAAUGUGUACGUGUAACUUUCAGAUAUACAGUGUUCCUGAGUAAGAUCAAUUUUAGGGGAUUUGUGUAGUGUCUAGAAAAGUAGCCCAUAUCUUUCAAUACUAAAAGGAAGCUGCAGGUGUUGAGAAGUCCAGUGGAGAAAACCUCAAUGCUUCCCGUUAUCACUUACUGAUUCCUACCGGUUUCUAGGUUCUGGGGACGUUGUUUAAACUAACUUCCUUAAAACUCUUGCUAGCAGGUUCCGCUUAGGACCUGAUAAUAUUCAGAAAAGUUUUUUUGGAAUUUAGAACUUUUUCCUCCUUCUGUUCUUGGAGGAAUCGCCUCUGUUGUCUUCUGUCGUCUCGGUCUCGUUUGUCACGGUGCAGCUUCACCCCUCAGGUAUUAACGGGGCAGGUGGCAGAGCUCCUUGCACGUGCUCACCCCCCUUUGCCCGCUCCUCCUCCUCCUCCUCCUCCUCCUCCUCCUCCGCCCAGAAUCCUUGGCCCCCCAAGGAGGGGCUCGGAGCACUUUACAGCCGCACCCUGUCCUGCCAGGGUCUCCAUGCUGGGGUGUGAGACCCCCGCCCCGAAGGAAGGCCACGCCGAGACCCUGGGUCUGGGAAGUGCCGGAGAGAGUGGGCCACCUCUCUGAUUCCCACUUUCUUUCGUUUGGAGUCUUUCCAAGAGGUUCAGAGACUGAAUCUUCAGCUGUCUUCUUGGAAGACCCGCAACAGUCCUCUCAGUCUUAAGGAAAAAGUAACAGCACAGCACAUUUCCCACGUUUCUCCAUCGUGAAGCUUACUUUUAGUAACUUAUUUAUGAUGUUGGUUCUCACUGUCCCGGCCUCGUCUUUGGGGGCUGACCUUCCCGUGGGUCUGAGCAGUGUCGUUGGGUGGCGGUCACUGCCUCAGGGGUUGGUGUGCACAAGCGCUCGGCAGGGCUGCCGUCGCCUUCCAGGGAAACCUAAUUUCCGUUUUUACAAGUAGGGGCCUCGGAGCUGGUCUGGCUCUGCUGUAGAAGUUCACCGCGUGGGUCGGCGCAGUCCACACGCUGCCGGCCACUCGGAAGAGGCUGCGUUCAGUAAAACUUUCAGCUUGAGCUUAUGCAAUGAUUGGUAACGAUUUUGGCAUUGUAAGAAUUAGGAAAUGAUCGUAGAAAUAUAUGUAAAGUACUCAAUUUUCAAUCAUUUUUCAAAUUACUGUUUUAAAUUGUUUUGCUGAGUUGUAAUACUUUUGAGAUACAAUGUAUUCCUUGUACUGAAAGAAUGAAAAAAAAGGACUUUUUCAGCAUUUGAGGUAAGUUCUUUAACGUUUCAUUAAAAACAUUUUUUACAAAUAUUUUGUACAUGCACUUGCAGUAUUGAGGUUAAUCAUUUUAAUAAAUUCGGAAAUUGAAACAA